AUGCCUGAUGGCAGUCAAACCAUUGGUGGGGACUACGAAAACAUUACAUGGCACACAUUCGAGGAAAUUGAUCAGCCUAGAUUGAUAUCAUGGGAAGCUGCCUCCGAUUUUGACCGCAGCUAUAUAGGCAUUGGAAUAGGGAAUGUGAUUUCUAUACAUCUCAAUACCAAUAUAUCUCAAGAAGAUUAUGAGCUUCCUAGUGGAUGUUAA